GCAUUUAUAUCACCCUAUCUUCCUAAUUCCUACCUCCCCAUAUUCUUCCCUCUCUCUCUCUCUCUCUCUCUCUCUCAUGGAAAACCAAAACCGUCUCAAAAUGAGAAUCUCUCGCAUGUUCCGAUCCUCAUUUGGAUCCUGCAAAACCAAACAACACUUAACUGAUGUUAUGGAAAAACCGCUAUUUGCACCCCCCAUCUCCUCCAACACUACUGUACUACCCUUUCACCCUAUUUCCAAACCCAAACCUUCUCAAACCAUCGACGACCCUUCAGAUAUCAUAUCUUUCAAAGAUUCUCAUUCUCUUCCACGACGUAAAAUAUCUUCUUGUUCAUCACCCUUUCUCUGCGGUGCAAAUAGCAAUAUCAACAACAACCUUAAACUUGAUAGAAAACCAUGUCCUCCUGUUUCACCAAACACUACAUUCCACGAACAGAACAGCCUCAGUUUCUACGAAAAGACAAACAGUUCAAUGAAAAACGUUACAAACAAAAACAAAAACAAAAAGAAGAAGAAAAAGAAGUUGAAAAAGAAGAAGAAACAUACCCAGAAGAAAAACAGAGCUUUUCCUUUCAACUCAUGUGCUAAAGACACAAACUUUGAUAGUUAUUGGUGGUAUAGCAGUGACGAAGACGAUGAAACAGACACCCUUUUCUCCUCAAAGUCUCUCUCUUCAGAUUCCUCUAAGUCUCGCCGCCGACAUUCUUCUCGCCGGAAAACUGACCGGAGUUCCGACAUGGGUGUUCUUCCGUUGAACGGAAAAGUCAAAGACACUUUCGCAGUGGUGAAACGUUCAAGUGAUCCGUACAAUGAUUUUAGAACUUCAAUGGUGGAAAUGAUUGUUGAGAAACAAAUAUUUUCACCAAGUGAGUUGGAGAAUCUUUUACAGUGUUUUCUUUCACUCAAUUCACAUCAUCAUCACAAGAUCAUUGUUGAAGUUUACACAGAGAUUUGGGAAGCUUUAUUCUCUGACUGGCUUUGAUAUAAAAAAAAAAAAAAAAAAAAAAAAAAGGGAGAAAGAAAAUAAGAAUAAUUAUCUUAUUAUUUGUUUUUUAUUUCUUUCUCUGUUUUUAUUAGUUUUGUGUUUUUGUUUCUAAGGAUAUUAUUAGUUUAGUUUUUCUAACUCAAGUUCGAAUGUAUGAUAUUCCAUUUGCUACUCAUCAA